AUAAAUCUAUCCUUAUCGGAUUGUCCCUGUGAGUGUAAAUAUUUGUCACAAUAAUGGAUAUAACCUUACCUCUACAAAUGACCCGAAUUCAGUACAAAUCACGUCAUAAUUAUCGCGAUUUAAUAAUAGAAGUAAUUGAAAUUGAACGUGUCGAGAGAGAGGAGCGCGGAUAGGUUAGGCUAGUAUUAGAUUGCAUCGACAGUGUUAAAUAGCUUCAAUUACGAAUAAUACUGCAACAGCAAUCGCUUGUUUACAUGAACCGGUUGCGAGUAUUAGUGGGAUGAUUCAUCAUCGUAGAAUUUAAUGUCUCUAAUUCAUUCUGACGGAAAAAUUAAUCUUCGUCUGAGCCUUCACAACAAUUUCAAGGGAAAAUCCUCCAGGAUUGAAUGAGUAAAUUUUUUUCGCAUAAUAAAUAUAAUUCUCAAUUUGAGAAUUAUAUUUUUGUUGAAUUUUAAUGACUGAGGAGACAAAUUAUUUUGUUUCGACUUUUUGUGAUCAUGUCCAUCGAGUGUAUGAGAUUGUGAAAAAGUCGAUCCAUUUUUGACGUAUGAAGAAGCCGGCACAACAAGUGACACCAUUCAAAAACCUUUGGACUCCAUAUUUACAUCGUGAAUGGUCACGUGGACCCAAUGGUUCAUCCAAUGAGAGCUUCUCCCCUGUGUUUUGCUGCCGAAUGAACAGACCCGAGCUGAACUCGAGUUGUUUACAUGGAAGAUAAUUCUGUUGACAGCCAUACGUGAGUUGAAAAUUCCCUCGACAAUGUUGACAUUCCCAUAAAACUAGCUAUUGUCGAUACAUGAAUGGGAAUUUCGUGGAAAAUGUGCUUGUGAGCUAUUUUAGUAAUUCCUCAAAUCAAAUUCUGAAGAUAAUGGAAAGCCAGAGAGACGACGACACUCAGGUGCCCAUACCCUUGAAGAAAGACGAAAUCACCCCAUCAUCUAGCGACAAGCCAAUGGAUUCGAAGAAUUCUCAGGCGAAAAUUGCCAGGGGUACGAAGAAGAUGAGAAUUGACUCCACAGACUCCAACCAACCUGCAGAGAAAAAAGAGACCAAAGAUGACGACGGGGACACAAAAAUCGUGCGCUCCUUCAAGCGCUCCUGCGAGCUCUGGUCGCUAGAGGACAAGAACACCUUCUUCAAGGCAGUGAACGAAUUCGGUAAAGACUUCGACGCCCUCCAAGCCUACUUCCUAGCCCAAGGUAAAAAGAAGGGCCUCCCAGAGACAAUGAUAAAGAACAAGGAACAAAUCCGUCACUUCUACUAUCGAACCUGGCUGAAGAUCUCCAAGCACUUGAAGUUUUCCGAGGACGUGAAGAAAGCCAGUCAAGAGAUCUACGGUUUAAUAAACUAUGGAGAACUCCGAAGAAAGCUUCCUCGAAUUCACGAGAAAGUUCUACUGAAGCUCAACGAGCUGAUCUUCUGGGGUUCAACGCAGGUUCGUCUACGUGGUAAAACCAUGAGAAUCAAAACCCCCAUAUGCAGAGCCCUGAGAAAGCUGAAUCAGCUUGAGGACUGGCAGGAGGAGAUAAAACUCCCCUCUAGAGUAACUGUUGAACUUCGCCCAGCGAACAAUUCGACCUGGUGGGAGGUGCAGGCACACGCCAUGAAUCCACGAGUGAGGACACUCUUACCAAUCCAACGAAGACUGUCAACCCUCCUAGGCUUCCUGCAGCAACGAUGGAAGCCAGCUAAAUACAGAAUCUCCCCAAACUUGGAGAACGAAGUCCUGGACCAAAAGGACCCUAAACUACUGAGAGUGGCCCCUCAGGAGGGCACGAAGAUCACUCUCCCCAUGGUGAACCUCGGGGAAUACCUCACCAGCAACAGUGUAAGCUUCAACUCUUACGAGGGACGUCUGGGGCUGAAAUCGUCGAGAGUUGAACUGCUGGGUUCAGUCCAGCACCUGAAAGGAGGUGGUAAAAAGUCCAUUAAGAAGAAAAUGGACAAACGAGUCCUGAGUUUAACAGAGGAAUGCCCAAUGUCUCUAUUGUAUGGCAACAGUGAUCUUGAUGGGGCUGAGAGCAGUGUGAACCCAGAGAAGAGUCUCUUCGCUUCUCAUCUGGAGAAGAAUGCUGUGGAGAUGUCGACAGAGCCUAAUAGGUUUCCAGGGAGGGAGACAAUCGAGAGGAUUCGAGAGGGGUGGACUAUUGACGAGGCGAACAGUAUUACCGUUGGGGAUUUGUUCCUGAUGUUUGGGCGGGAAGGCAAGAUCAUUCUCGAGUAUUGGUGGGACGUGCCUGGGGGCUCUGGGGGAGCCAGGGAUCGAGCCAAGCAGGAUGAUGGACUGUGUCUUGCUUUGAAGAAACUUCUUUCCAUUGCUAAACAUAAUUAUGGGACGAGCAAGGUUUACGAGAAUGCAGGGAGUAAUGAGACUGUGAUAUCGUCGAGGGUACCUUCAGCCAAAGAGUCAACGUUCAGGCGACCACUGAUACCCCAGCCAUAUCAUCAGAUUGGAAGUCAUGACGCUUUUAAGACACAGUUGGAUAAGUUUAAGACUAGGUUCAGUAAACGAGGAAGGACUGUCAGGCAGAGGAGUCUGAUUGUACAGAGGGCUAUUCCUGUGGUCGUGAGGCAGGAGGAGGUUCAGGAGAAGGAGGUGCAGAUGGAGGUGGAUGGGAGUGGGAAUGCAAAUGGGAUUGAGAUUGAGGGCAGUCCUGCGAUCGAGUUGACCCAGCAACCUGCAGAAUUUUUGACUGCACUUGGUGGUACUUCGGAAGCAUCGAAUUCCAUCAUCACUAGUGCUACACAGAUACUGAAGGAGGGGGAGGGACAGUGGUUGAAUAGCGAGGUUGCUGAUUACUCGUUGAGUAGCUUUUUGGGACAGUUCGAGUCACCAGUUAAGGGGUCGCAGAGGAGCCAGGCUGGCAUGAGUCUUGGGGACGGGCGACCUUCGUCUGAUGUUGUCAGCCAGAUGCAAUGUUUGAUGGGUGAGAGCAGUGUCGAUUACAUGGCCAAAUUCGCUAACUUGGCCUCGCAAAUAGCCUCAGACGAGCAGGAUACGUGAGUCACAUGAUAAAUUCCUCCCGAAAAUAUAUGAUUUCUAGCAUAAAAAAAAACCACAUGGAAGUAUUAAGUUAUAUCCUUGAGCCCCUGGUGCGUUUUUCAAUUUUCUAUACAAGCCGAUUGUGAUGAGCCAUUGUAAUAUAUCUCAUGUAAUAAAGUGUAAUUACGACCAUCAAA